CCAGUCUACACCACACAAGCUACCCCAGUCUACACCACACAAGCUACCCCGGUCUACACCACACAAGCUACCCCAGUCUACACCACACAAACUACCCCAGUCUAUACCAUACAAACUACCCCAGUCUACACCACACAAGCUACCCCAGUCUACCCAGUCUACACCACACAAGCUACCCCAGUCUACACUACACAAGCUACCCCAGUCUACACCACACACGCUACCCCAGUCUACACCACACAAACUACCCCAGUCUACACCACACAAACUAUCCCAGUCUACACCACACACGCUACCCCAGUCUACACCACACAAACUACCCCAGUCUACACCACACAAACUACCCCAGUCUACACCACACAAACUACCCCUCCCUACACCACACAAGCUACCCCUCCCUACACCACACAAGCUACCCCAGUCUACACCACACAAGCUACCCCAGUCUACACCACACAAGCUACCCCAGUCUACACCACACAAGCUACCCCAGUCUACACCACACAAACUACCCCAGUCUACAUCACACAAACUACCCCAGUCUACACCACACAAGCUACCCCAGUCUAUACCACACAAACUACCCCAGUCUACACCACACAAGCUACCCCAGUCUAUACCACACAAGCUACCCCUCCCUACACCACACAAACUACCCCAGUCUACACCACACAAACUACCCCAGUCUACACCACACAAACUACCCCAGUCUACACCACACAAACUACCCCAGUCUACAUCACACAAACUACCCCAGUCUACACCACACAAGUUACCCCAGUCUACACCACACAAACUACCCCAGUCUACACCACACAAGCUACCCCAGUCUACACCACACAAGCUACCCCUCCCUACACCACACAAGCUACCCCAGUCUACACCACACAAGCUACCCCAGUCUACAUCACACAAGCUACCCCUCCCUACACCACACAAGCUACCCCAGUCUACACCACACAAACUACCCCAGUCUACACCACACAAGCUACCCCUCCCUACACCACACAAGCUACCCCAGUCUACACCACACAAGCUACCCCGGUCUACACCACACAAACUACCCCAGUCUACACCACACAAGCUACCCCAGUCUACACCACACAAGCUACCCCGGUCUACACCACACAAGCUACCCCGGUCUACACCACACAAACUACCCCAGUCUAUACCACACAAACUACCCCAGUCUACACCACACAAGCUACCCCAGUCUACACCACACAAGCUACCCCUCCCUACACCACACAAGCUACCCCAGUCUACACCACACAAACUACCCCAGUCUACAUCACACAAACUACCCCAGUCUACACCACACAAACUACCCCAGUCUACACCACACAAACUACCCCAGUCUACACCACACAAGCUACCCCAGUCUAUACCACACAAGCUACCCCAGUCUACACCACACAAGCUACCCCAGUCUACACCACACAAACUACCCCAGUCUACACCACACAAGCUACCCCAGUCUACACUACACAAGCUACCCCAGUCUACAUCACACAAGCUACCCCAGUCUACACCACACAAACUACC